AACAAGAGAGGGACUAUGGCAUCAAACAGCCUCUUCAGUUCAGUGACACCAUGUCAGCAAAACUUCUUUUGGGAUCCCAGCACCAGCCGGAGGUUCAGCCCCCCCUCCAGCAGCCUGCAGCCCGGCAAGAUGAGCGAGGUCAGCCCGGUGGUAGUAGCCCAGCAGCAACAGCAGCAGCAGCAGCAACAGCAGCAGCAGCAGGAGGCGGCUGCGGCGGCCGCCGUGCCCCGGCUGCGCCCCCACGACAACCGCACCAUGGUGGAGAUCAUCGCUGACCACCCCGCCGAGCUGGUCCGCACCGACAGCCCCAACUUCCUGUGCUCCGUGCUGCCCUCGCACUGGCGCUGCAACAAGACCCUCCCGGUGGCCUUCAAGGUGGUGGCCUUAGGAGAGGUGCCCGACGGGACGGUGGUCACCGUGAUGGCCGGCAACGACGAGAACUACUCGGCGGAGCUGCGCAACGCCUCCGCCGUCAUGAAGAACCAGGUGGCGCGAUUCAACGACCUGCGGUUCGUGGGCAGGAGCGGCAGAGGGAAGAGCUUUACUUUGACAAUAACUGUCCUGACAAAUCCCCCCCAAGUCGCUACAUACCACAGAGCUAUAAAGGUUACAGUGGAUGGGCCAAGGGAGCCAAGAAGGCACAGACAGAAGCUUGAUGACUCUAAACCUAGUUUGUUCUCUGAACGCCUCAGUGAUUUAGGGCGCAUUCCUCAUCCCAGUAUGAGAGUAGGGGUCCCGACCCAGAGCCCACGGCCCUCUCUGAACUCUGCACCAAGUCCUUUUAAUCCACAAGGACAGAGUCAGAUUACAGACCCCAGGCAGGCGCAGUCAUCCCCUCCGUGGUCCUACGACCAGUCUUACCCAUCCUACUUGAGCCAGAUGACUUCACCAUCCAUUCAUUCCACAACUCCCCUGUCCUCCACUCGAGGCACGGGGCUGCCUGCCAUCACCGAUGUGCCCAGACGCCUCUCAGGUGCUUCAGAGCUGGGCCCAUUUUCAGAUCCCAGGCAGUUCACAAGCAUUUCAUCCCUCACUGAGAGCCGCUUCUCCAACCCACGAAUGCACUAUCCAGCUACCUUUACCUAUACACCGCCAGUCACCUCAGGCAUGUCACUGGGUAUGUCCGCAACCACUCACUACCACACCUACCUGCCACCGCCCUACCCCGGCUCUUCCCAAAACCAAAGUGGACCUUUCCAGACCAGCAGCACUCCAUAUCUCUACUAUGGCACUUCGUCGGGAUCAUACCAGUUCCCCAUGGUGCCGGGAGGGGACCGCUCCCCUUCCAGGAUGCUUCCUCCGUGCACCACCGCGGCCAACGGCAGCACGCUCUUAAACCCUAACUUGCCCAACCAGAGUGACGGGGUGGAGGCGGAUGGCAGCCACAGCAGCUCCCCAACCGUCUUGAAUUCUAGUGGCAGGAUGGAUGAGUCCGUUUGGAGGCCGUACUGA